ACGGUUCACUUGACAUAAAAACACAUCGAAGGUUUCCUCUUUCCUCUCUGAAGCAGGCUAUAGUCUAUCUAAGUUUUGAGCUCCGAUCUCUCCGCAAAUGGGUAACAGUUUUGUCAAGAAGGUUCCUGUUCCUGUUCCUGUUCCUUUUCCUGUUGGGUAGCUCAAGGUUGAAUUUGAACAGAAAUAGGGUAAGCUGCCAAUGGAUAGAUUGAUCUUUUCUUCAUGCAUAUGGAGUUAUGGAGCAGAUUAAACUGUUGCAGGAAGCAUCGAAUUCAGAAAGUUUCUAGGUUUUAUUGGCUGCACUUUGAUGGAUACAGAAGAGAUCCAUUUCUUCCCUCCUUAGCUUACUCCAUUCAAAUUUGAGCUACCCAUCAAACAGGAACCUUCUUUGACAAAUCUGUCCCCCAAUCGCUGCAAGUUCAUAAUCCACACCUCUUCUUUAUUUCUCUUAUUCAAUUUGCAUCCUCUCUCUCUCUCUCUCUCUCUCUCCCCAACACAUGCACACAAAUGUAUGUAGAAAUAAUGUCUGUUACAGAACUAAUGGGAGAAGAGGAACCGCUGCAACCCGCUGUGGAGAACGAGACAGCCAAAGAUACACAGGGAGGUGAUGUGUUCUCAUGGCCUGUCCUUCGUUUCGAUACUUCUGGGAAGAGGAUUUGCCAUUUCUGUUACCAGUUCAGGAAAGGCUUAAAUCCCAAAAAACUCCUCAAAAGGCAUCAAAUGGUUAGGUGAUGGAUUGUCUUGGUGGUCGACGUAAUGCAUGUUGGACGAUUUGGCUUGGCUGAUCUAUAUUGGUACGUCAGGCAGACAACCUGCACUUUAUUAUAUUCAGCCAUAACCAGUCAAUCUUUUGCAUGAAUCCUUGCAUUCAUUCUUGCUUGGAACCUCCACGUAGCCAACCUCAUUAAGUUGGGAUAAGGCUUUGGUUGUUGUACUAUAAAAUCAAUUUCUGGUAAUGUACAUUCUGUGGUUCUUGGAAACAUCCUCUCUCGUGAAGCAGGGGUAAGGCUGCAUGCAUUUUCCCCUUACCCUGCAGUAGCAAGAGGCUCGAGCACUGGGUUGCUCUUUUUUUUUUUUUUUUGGUAAAGUCUAUGGUUCUGCUUUAUGCAGUUGAAGAAAACUGUGCAUCUGUUUGGGGUUUGUCUUGUGCCUCAAUGGCAGAGAAUGCAGCUAGUGGCCAAGGACACUCGGUCUGACAUAGUAUUGAACCAAAGUUCCUGAAGCAUGCAACAUAUUCUGUGUUUGCAUAUCUGAUCAAACAUCUUGAUUGACAUAUUUUGUAACCAAUAGUGAAUUACUCUUUAUUUCUAUUAUAUUUUUUUUCUUUCAUCUUGAUUAGUACCAUGUUUAUUAUAUACAUGCAGUCGAAUCACCGGCUGUAAAUGUUUCGAUUUCCAUAAUAGAUUGAAUAGCUUUUAUGUAGUCUCUUGAUCUUAUGGUUGGUGGCAAACCUUAAUUUCCACCUAGAAAAAAUUCAGAAUCAGAAGGGGAAAAAAUUAAGUAAGGUAUUAAAUGCACUUUAAACGGGCGCGUUAUGGCACUUUGACCCGUUUGAGAAAGUUAUAAUGGGGUGAAAUUUUGGGAAAAAUGCUAGCAAGAUGCGCCUUAUAGGAGGGUCCUUGCACACAUCAAGAAUCCAACCGUAAAGCAAGACUUAUCCGUGUACCAAUAAGAUCCUGGUCAUGCGUUACUUCGGAUACUCUCGGCAGCAUUCCCUAACUUGGUUUGGGGCUUGAAAGAAUUUAGUAAUGCAUUCAUUGUUACAGUUCUUUUUUGACUGGUAUCUGAUUGAUACAUGAACAUAAGGGGGAAAAUUUAAAAGAUGGGGAGGUUUCAAGCGCAUUGACAGUUGUCUCCAUUGGCCCGGAAUGGCAGGUUGGUGGGUUUUGAUUCAAGGAAAGACUCGUGUAGUCACGCGAAGGUCACUUUUUAUUGGAAACGCAUCUGACUCUCUUCCCAGUUUUGGAGUUAUGGAUCACAUCCAGAACCAAUCCUGAGUGUCAAAGCACGGCCUUCACAUGAACUGAUUACAAUCUAGUUUUACCCUUCUUCGCUGAGCAUCGGUACUGAAGGUAAGUGAGACUGGUUUUUCUGUCUUCUCACCAAGAUUUUUGCAGCAUCAGGCUGUAAUAGUUCUUCCAGAAUUUCGUCCAUAGCAGUUCUUGGCUUCAUGUUCACUGCCAAAAAAGGAGGAAGAUUAAAUGCCGUGGAGGAUUGGAUCUCCAAGCUUCCGGAAGACAUUGUUCACCACAUCAUGGCUUUACUGGAAACAAAAGAUGCAACUAGGAUGAGCAUCUUGUCCAAAAAAUGGAGGAGCCUAUGGCAUUCUUUCCCCAUUUGGGAUUUCGAUGAGACCUCCCUGAUAUGGGAUCUGCAAGAAGGGUCUGAAUUGAGAAGAGAAAGAUUCAGCAACUUUGUUGAUGAAUCACUUCGACACCGACUCCAUAUAUUUGGUUUACAGAAAAUCAGGCUGCGUCUAAGGCCCGUGGUUGUGAAUUCCGAAAUCAAGCACUUAUUCAUUGAUGAAUCACUUCAACACCGACUCCCUCGUGUCUUUGGUUUACAGAAUAUGAGGCUGCUUCUAAGGCCUAUGAUUGUGAAUUCCAAAAUAAAGGACUCAUUCAUUUCUUGCAUGGAUAAGUGGAUAAGCCUGGCUAUAGAGAGGAAGGUGAAGGAGCUCGAUCUCCAAUUCAUGGAUGACGACGGUAUAUUCCAAAUUGCAUGCAAGGCCUAUUACAAUCUGCCUCAGGCCGUCUUUGCAUCGGAAUCGAUUCAUGCAUUACGGUUAGGAGGCUGCAAGUUAAGGCCCUCUGGAGAGAUGGGACUCUCAUCUCUGAAGAGAUUGUGUCUUCAUUAUGUUUUUGUUGAUGACCUGGUCAUCCAGCACCUCCUUUCCAGUUGCCCUAUUAUUGAAUUUAUGAGUCUCAAACUCUGUCAAGGAUUGGUAAAUCUUGAAGUAUCAGGGCAUCGUGCACUUAAGACCCUGAUUGUAGAAUCUAGGGCACAACUCUCCAAGAUUGCAAUUGAUGCUCCGAAUCUGGAAACAUUGACCUUACAGCGCAAAGGGGAGUUGUCCAUUGAAAUUGUUACAACAGGUAUAAUAAAUCUAUCUAUUAUAGGAGUUUCAAUUUCAGAGGACAGACUCCAUGGGAUUAUUUCCAAUCAGCCCCUCCUUGAGACCUUGAACCUGGUUUCCUGCAAUGGUAUCCAGAGACUAAAGGUUUACAACCGACAGCUGAAGACCAUAACAUUGUAUAGUUGCGAUCGCUUAGUCAAGGCUGACUUUGAUAGGAAAAUGGUCUCGUUUCUUGAGAUCAUAAAUGUGGUUGCUUGUGUAAAUUUAAAGAAGCUCAAGUUUUGUGGUCAUAAGUUAAGGCGCUUGGCCUUGUGUGGUUGUCGGAAUUUGAUAGAUGAUGUGCUCAAUGCUUCCAAGUGGUCCAUGCUUAAGACAUUGAUCCUUAUUCAAUGCCGAAACUUCAAAGGACUUAAGAUUGAAAAUAAAGAACUUGAGAGGUUGGUGUUGUAUGAUUGCUGCAAUCUAGUGGGAGCCUAUGUUGAUGCUAUGAAUCUCAUUUCUUUUAAGUACAUUGGGCAUGGGUUGCAGUUCAAUUUAAUGAACACUUCGUGUUUACUUGAUGCUGAGUUAUGGUUAUACCCAAAAACCGUUGGUACCAUUUGGUUAUGUAAUUUGAUUAAUUUUCUUAGAUGGUUUGGUCAUGCUAAGCUUCUCACACUGGUUUCCGACUCUUGGCAGAAUCUGAUAAUUCCAAGAGAAAUAAGGGACAAUUUGAAUCCUCCACUAUACGAUCUCGAGCAUCUGAAACUGAAGAAGAGCAAACCAGCAGCAGGGAUUUAUGAAGAAUUUCUGAAUAGCUUGGUGCUGCGAUCUCACCUAAAGAGUUUAUCUAUGUCAAUGGACUUCACCACUGGGAAUGUGCAGAGCAUGGAUCAUCCUCCACCAACAAAAGAGCACUCAAAGAUGAGUUACACAGAACUUGUGGAUAGCUCACUUUGGAUUUCACCCCAUAUUAAGACUCUAUCUAUAGAUAAGAGAUCUGCCGAUUUACUCCUGAAGUUCCAGUGUAAAUCCAUAGAGGAUGAAGGAGGAUGUCCUCUCAGUUGGCAGCAGUCCUUGAAAGAAGUGAAGAUAGAGAACUUUGAAGGAACUGACAUGGAAAUGAGUUUACAUGAGUUUUUUCUUUCAAAUGGGGAGGUCCUGGAGGCAAUUACAGCGUCUAGACCCCCUAAGGAAAUUAUUCGUCACAGAAAUACUUCUGCUAGUUUUCGUGCUUUUCGUAGGAGUGGAUUUCCAUCAAAAUGUUCUUCGAGAGAUACAUAAUAACGUCCUUAUGAUGCUGCAAUCAAAGAACUUUGAUAAGUGAAAUUUGUAUCGAAUUCUGAUGGAUAUAUAGAAGAGCCAGAGGAGGAAGAAAUCUCAAGUUCUGAUGAUGAGGACGUUUCCUUUUGAGGGAUCACAUAUGGUACCUCUGAAGCUGUUGGAGAAAACCUUCUCCAAGAUCAUAACGAUGGUACUAUUAAAUUUUAAUGAUCCAAACAUAGAAAGACGACUGAGGAUUAAAUUAGUAGGUUUAUCUUUGAGCUAGUUGUGGUCUCGAUUUGAAUAAUGGGGUAACAAACUUUUUGUGCUUGUUAAAUUUCAAAUUGACUUUGGAUUUGAUUUAUGUUUCAUGAAAAAUUUGUCCUGAACAAAGACAUGUCCUAAAAUUUUGGGGCUUUCUAAUUAAUGGUUCAUUUGCAUUCUCAUUAUUAUUAGCA